UGGCAGGGGCUGUUGCGGGGGCAGUGUUGGGGGCGGUGCCGGGGGUUUCUUCUGCUUGUCGGUGUUUUGUUGAUGCUGCUUUUGCGCCGGAUAGUGGUAGGGUUGCUUUCGGGUGUGCACUAUUUUCUCCGACGAACUGUUUUCUUGCUGCUAUUAAUGGGGAAUUACUAUGUUCUCCGGACCCUCUUAUGGCGGAGGCUAUGGCGUGUCGUGAAGCUCUAUCAUGGAUCAAGACGCUUGAUAUUCAUAACGUGGAGAUCUUGAUGGAUUGUCAACGUGUGGUUUCAGCAAUUUCAGACACUUCAUUCUCUCUUACUUCUUAUUUUGGUUCAUUAAUUGUUGAAUGUAAGGCCUUGUUGGUCGGUUUUUGCUCUAGUUCUAUCAGUUUUGUUCGUAGAGAGUUAAACAUUGUAGCUCAUUCUCUUGCGAGGAGAGCAGAGGCCCGUCGUUCUGUUUGGGUUUCUACUCCCCCGGAUUUUGUAAUCUCUCUUUUACAAUAAUGAAGUUUCUUUACUUUCAAAAAAAAUAAGGAAUUGAAUUAUAACAAAAUUUCAUUUAAUUCCGUUUUUAGAAUUUCAAUUUCAAUUCUGUAUAUUAAAGGAGCAUCAAUAUAUUUUUUCAUUUAAAUAAAAAAGAAAAUUAAAUUACCCAUGUAGUGACACCACACCAGCUAAAUAAACUGGAACACCAUUUGCUCUCCGAGACCUGCCGUGCCUCCUUUGUCAACCUCGAACUGCCGUGUCCGGGACACCGCCGCCGCCGCCGCUCACGGUAGCUCCCUCUCCUCCGGGCCACGGCAUUCUCUUCGCCGCCCUCACAUAUCUCUAAGGCGUAGAUCAGGGCCCAAUUUCGCGACCCGAACACCCGCCCUAAUCUGGAUUUUCGGAUCCCCCCUCAAAUGGAACCUUCGCGGCUGUCAUUCGCACUGUUUAUUCUGGAAUUUCUCAUCUGUUUGAUUCCUCUGUAUAGUUCGGAUGAUCAUGGAACUGGUUGCCCCGAGCCGAGGAACAGCUCUCUUCCGAAUCUGAAUCAUACUUAUGAGUUCUCCAUGUUGCAGCACCAACUGCGUGGUGUAAUGACUGUGGAGGAUGGCUGCUCCUUUAGGGUUAGACAAUUUGAUAUGCUGGAGGGUUCUGAUGUGCGCUGGUGGGGUGCAGCCGGAGAAGAAUUCGAGAAUCUCACAAAGGGUUUUGUAAUCUCCGACCAGAUUUUGAACAAAACGUAUGCAAACGAGAGUUUUGUUGUGAGUUUAAGGAAGAACGUCACGUGGGAUCGAAUCAAAGUGGUUUCGGUUUGGGAUCUUCCCACAGCUUCUGAUUUUGGGCAUGUUGUUUUAGGAAAUUCAACAAACUCGACCGACCUUUUGCCUGCAGUUCAGACAAAAGGGCAACCUACGAUGCUGGAGAAUUGCAGAGUGUUGUCUGAGAAUUACAGGGUUAGGUGGACAUUGAAUGGAAAUGAAGAUACUGUUGAUAUUGGAUUAGAGGCUGCAAUUCCAUUUGUUAAUUAUAUGGCAUUCGGGUGGGCGAAUCCGACAGUUUCUUCCAAGUUUAUGUUUGGGAGUGACGUGACCGUUACUGGAUUCAGAGAGGAUGGCAUGCCAUUUUCUGAUGAUUUUUUCAUUUCAGAGUACAGUGAGUGUAUGAUAGGCAAGGAUGGAACGGCUGAGGGUGUUUGUCCAGACACUGUAUAUGAACCAUCUGAUCAAGAAUCAGUGAACAAUACGAGAUUAGUUUAUGGUCACAGAAGAGAUGGGGUGUCCUUCAUUAGGUAUAAGAAACCCUUGAAAUCUGUUGAUAAGAAGUAUGAUUUUUCAUUGAACCCAAACAGUAAAAUGACAGUUAUAUGGGCAUUAGGGCUUAUAAAGCCUCCAGACAGUCUUCGCCCAUUCUAUCUUCCACAAAACCAUGGGUCCACGUAUGGACAUUUGACCCUUAACCUAUCAGAGCGUGUAAACGAUUGUGUGGGCCCACUUGAUGCGCAGGACAAACAAGAUCAAGAUCUUGUCAAUGCUGAUAAAAAGGAACCUCUGGUUGUCACAGCAGGUCCAGCAAUAUUUUACCCGAAUCCGCCAAACCCUUCGCGAGUUCUUUACAUCAACAAGAAAGAGUCACCUGUUCUUCGGGUCGAGAGGGGGGUCCCAAUAGUAUUCUCACUUCAAGCCGGUCAUGACGUGGCAUUUUAUAUCACUUCUGACCCGAUAGGUGGGAAUGCAACAUUGAGGAAUGCUUCUGAGACAAUAUAUUUUGGCGGUCCAGAAGCGGAAGGCGUUCAAGCCAGUCCUACAGAAAUGACGUGGGCCCCCGACCGUAACACGCCAGAUUUAGUUUACUAUCAUUCCAUUUAUACACAGAAAAUGGGCUGGAAAGUUGAAGUAGUCGAUGGAGGCUUGCCAGAUAUGUACAAUAGUAGUGUUCUUUUGGAUGACCAACAGGUUACCCUAUUCUGGACGUUGUCAGAUAAUUCGAUAUCAAUGGCAGCUCGUGGCGAGAAAAAGAGUGGUUAUCUAGCAAUCGGAUUUGGCCGGGAAAUGGUGAAUAGUUAUGCUUAUGUGGGCUGGGUUGAUGAUUAUGGAAAUGGAAGGGUGAACACAUAUUGGGUGGAUGGAAAGGAUGCUUCUAAUAUCCAUCCAACAAAUGAGAACUUGACAAAUGUCAGAUGCAAGUCUGAAAAUGGAAUCAUAACUAUGGAGUUCACACGCCCGUUUCUCCCAUCAUGCGUUCACGGCGACAUGCCAGAGUGCAAAAAUAUCAUUGAACCCACAACCCCACUCAAAGUAAUAUGGGCCAUGGGGGCCCAAUGGUCAGACUCCCACUUAAGUGUCAGAAACAUGCACUCUAUCACCAGCAGUAGACCGGUACAUGUUCUACUCAUGCGUGGCUCUGCAGAGGCAGAGGAGGAUUUACGGCCUGUAUUGGCAGUACAUGGAUUCAUGAUGUUUCUAGCAUGGGGUAUCUUGCUUCCUGGCGGGAUUCUCGCUGCCAGAUACCUGAAACAUUUGAAGGGAGAUGGUUGGUUCCAGAUUCAUGUUUACCUGCAAUACUCAGGAUUAGCCAUUGUUUUCCUUGGGUUUCUCUUUGCCGUGGCUGAACUCCGCGGCUUCUAUUUCAGCUCACUGCACGUCAAGUUUGGACUCCUUGCCAUAACACUUGUCAUUGCACAACCGGCGAAUGCAUACUUUAGACCCAAGAAGCCUUCUUCUCCAGGUGAGGAGGGUUCGUCAAAACGACUUCUUUGGGAGUAUGUCCAUGUUCUCACUGGAAGAUGUGCUAUCAUUGUUGGGAUCGCUGCUCUUAUAACUGGAAUGAAACAUUUAGGAGAGAGGUAUGGUGAUGAAGAUGUGCGCGCACUUGUGUGGGCAUUGGUUGCCUGGUUUCUUGUCUUGGCUUUGAUAACGAUAUAUUUGGAGUAUCGUCAGAGGAAAAGAAGAGGGAAUCGGACGCCCGGAAGAAGCAAUUGGGUGUUGGGUAGUAAUGGUGAGGAAGAGGAUAUAGACCUGUUGAGCCCAAGUAGGGUUGCCGAGAAAGAGUCGCGGUCGUCUGAAAGAAUGGAAGUUCAGCUGGAACCCUUGAGCAACAGAUAGGGAGAAAGAGACAUCAUGAAGAUCUGUUGUGAAUUUUUUGCUCUCAAAAUGCCAAUUUUAGCCCUUGUGAAUGGGCCAAUAUACAGCAAUCCCAUUUUUUCACUCUCCCCUACCACUAGAGAAGGAAGGUUACAGGAAAUGGAUGGUAUUUAUUUUCUGCAACAGAAUAUAUGUAUACUGUACUGUUUUUUCCUCUUCAGGUUAUAAGUAGAUUGAGCAAGAGCUGUUCUUUCAAGUUCAACCAUGGGCUUCAUAUUAGCACCUGUGUGUUCUUUGACCUGCUGUGUCUGAUAUGAUUGAGGUUUAUUUUCAGGUAGAAUCAAUAACAUUGAAGCAAUUGG